UUCCCCCUUGCUACUUCCGGUUGCGACAGUCACUAUCUUCCCCACCAAAAUGGCGAAUUCCGCUAUUGCUGCAGCUGCCGCCGCCGCCGCUGCCGCCGCAGCAGCUGCCAAUAGAGACCCGGCUGUCGACCGCUCAUUACGUUCGGUGUUUGUGGGUAAUAUUCCUUACGAAGCAAGCGAAGAACAGUUAAAAGACAUCUUCUCAGAAGUCGGACUUGUUGUUAGCUUCAGGUUAGUGUAUGACAGAGAAACAGGCAAACCCAAAGGAUAUGGCUUCUGUGAAUAUCAAGACCAGGAGACUGCGCUCAGCGCCAUGCGGAACCUCAACGGCAGAGAGUUCAACGGUCGCGCUCUGCGUGUCGACAAUGCGGCGAGUGAGAAAAACAAGGAAGAGCUUAAAAGUUUGGGAACGGGAGCGCCUAUUAUUGAGUCUCCCUUUGGGGAAAACGUGACACCAGAGGAGGCUCCCGAGUCCAUCAGCCGGGCUGUUGCCAGUCUACCACCUGAACAGAUGUUUGAACUUAUGAAACAGAUGAAGCUAUGUGUUCAGAACAGUCCACAGGAGGCAAGGAACAUGCUACUGCAGAACCCUCAGUUGGCUUACGCCCUGCUGCAGGCCCAGGUGGUCAUGCGCAUCGUUGAUCCGGAAAUCGCGCUGAAAAUGCUCCACCGCCAAACCACCACGCAGCCGCUAAUUCCGAGCGGCCAAGGGGGAGGAGGCCCACCAGUCAAUCCGCCGCCUGCCAUGCCCAAUAUGGCGCCCCCUCAGCAGCAGCCUGUGGCUGGGAUGCACGUCAAUGGAGCGCCUCCGAUGAUGCAGCCUCCAAACAUGGGUGUUGUGCCUGGACCUGGACCAGGACCAGGACCGGCCCCAGGACCAGGCGGCCCACCAGGAAACCUUCAGCAUUCCCCCACAGGAUCGUCUGCACAAGCUAUCGACCGGACGCAAGGACCAGGCGGCAUCCCACCCAGAGGUCUGCUGGGUGAUGGACCCAACGAUCCACGAGGAGGACUGAUGCCGGUCCCAGGAGAAAACAUUGACCCCAACCGAGGCUACAUGGUCGCGCCUCCGCCGCACGCCGCCCCGCCGGUCCACAUGGGCCCGAUGGGAGGCGGACCGCCGCCAGAUAUGCGAGGACCGCCCAUGGACAUGAGAGGCCCGCCGAUGGGUGAACCACGCAACAUGAUGGGUGACCCCAGAGGGCCCCCUAUGAUAGAGCAGCGUGGACCCCCGAUGGAAACCAGAGGUCGCGACCCCAGAGGAAUGGACACACGUGGCCCUGUGCCAGGCCAGCGGGUCCCUAUGGUGGGAGGAAUGCAGGGCCCCAUGCCCCACAACAUGGGCCCCAAUCCCCCUCUCGGCCCCCCACGACCGGGUCCCGGCAUGCCUGGAAUUCCUCCUUCGGGUGGAGGCUUCAGCCCAGGCCAGAACCAAGUUUCCUCACAAGACCAGGAAAAGGCGGCCCUGAUCAUGCAGGUUCUUCAGCUAACCCCGGAACAGAUUUCCAUGUUGCCCCCCGAACAGCGGCAGAGCAUCCUCAUCCUCAAAGAGCAGAUUCAGAAAACCGCUGGCGCACCUUGAUUCAUCCACACCCGCACGGAAUCAAACUGGCAGGACUUACAGUCUGGCCUUCAAAAGAAGUUUUCUCAUUAGUUUUCAUGAUUGUAUAAUUAAGCUGUUUCCAUGUUGUUAUUUUUUUUUUCAAUCUGAACUUCCUCAAUAAAACUCAAAAAAUGUGAUCUUUUUUUGGUUCUUUAUUUAUAUAAGUGCAAUUUAAAGACAAUAAGACAAAUAUGAGCACUUGCUUCAGUUGUUCAUUAACCAUGUGACAUUUUUACCCUCCUCCUUUUUCCCAGUACACUUCCUAUUGUCUCAACGCUUUGGAAGAAUGCAGGGGUGAAAGUGGCUAGAAUUUCUUGCCGGAACUCCCCAAUGUGAAGGUCGCCACAGAGCCAGGUUUUUUUAU